AUGGCUUUGGAAAUGUUCAGGUUCCGCCAUGCAUCUGAUCGGAGAGAUUGCGUGUACGCCUACCUUGGUCUAGGGAGUAAGGCCUUGGCUGACUACACUAUUCCUUAUGAGACGGCGUUCAAGUAUGUUGUGCGCUCGCUUAUUCAGGAGUCAAAUAAUCUUGGGCCUUUGGUUCGGAUUGCGGAGCAUGCUGAAACACGAUCAGCGACUUUGCCUUCCUGGUGUCCCGACUAUGGAUCGUCUUUUCCAGAGACCUAUGAGAACUUGGACCAAGAGUUUGGGUGGCUUUACAUGUACAAUUGGUACCAAGCUGGGGGCGGGAACGGACCAACUAGCAGGUUUUCACUUAUCGAUUCGAGACUCGAGCAGCAAGGCAUUGUCAUUGAUAAGAUCACCAAAGCCGAGGGGCCGAUGUACAGCACGGAUACAAAAGACGAGAUUCUCUCUGCCUGGUACCAAGAUCGAGAUCCUCGCGUCUAA